CCAGGUCAAUGGAAGAACUCAAAACUGGACAACCCUUUGUGGAACAAACUCACCUACAUGUGGCCUGUGAUGCCAGAUGGUAGAUUGAAUGAGGAAUACGAUUGGCCAAUUGAAGGGUCCCUUCUCCCCAAUGCUCCACCACUGACCAAGCCAAUAACGAAGACUCAAGGCAUAUACGCACCUGUGAGAUUAAAGGUUUUGAGGAACGGGGAGCAGGAUAAGUCCAGGAUACUAACAGUCACGGGACCGGAUAUCGCAAGCAUGCUCAAGAAAACAUGCACCUCAAUGCUGGGACUGCCCUUUGCAGCCCGCAGAAUGUUUGAUGAAACUGGACAGGAGCAAAUUCUUCUGACAGAUCUCCAGAGGGAUCAGCUGGUGUAUGUGUCCUGUGGGGAGGCUUGGACAGAUCCUAAAGUCAUCUCUGUCGAGAAGAAGAAACGUCUCUGCCUUAAAAGUUUGACUUCUGAUGUUGCUCUGAUCCGCAAUUACUGCGCCAUGUGUAAUCCAGAAGGUUUGGUCCUUGAGGUUGUGGGUAAUCUGGUUGCUGGAGCCAAGUUGGCAUUGGCUGAAUGUGCUGUGUCCAUUGAUGGUGAAGAUAUCUGUUCUGAACCAGAUAAGCAAGACCAAUCUUGCUCCCUAACAACUGAGGAAGACCAUAACAGGGAUGAAAACUUAUUUACUGAUUUACUGGAUGCACAUACCAGGACACAUUUUCUCCGUGACGCUCAGCAACCCAAAGGACUUUAUCUAUGGGAAAGAAAUUCAAAGGCAUUUGAUGAUGAUGAGGUCUCACAGCAAGAAGAUGGGAGAUUGUUUACAAACGUUGAUUUGUACAAUAAAUACAGGCCCUCAAAAAAAUCUCUUAGACCCCAAAAGGUGUAUCAGCAACAGUUCCAAUUCCAAGAUGGACAUAUCAUCAACUGUAACUAUCCUUGGCUUGUCGUGGGAGUUCCUGAGACGAAUGCACAGGCAGGCAUGGAAGUGACAUUGGUGGAGAAGAAAGCUGAUGACAUCUUUCAACGAUGGAAGUUAUCAGAUGGAAGCAGGACGUUCCAUUUACUGGCCAAACCUGACCUUGUGCUCGCAAUCUCAAUGCCCCAAAUUAAACCAGGUAACAGCAGGAGUGUGAUGGAACUGCAGGGAUGUUCAGUUAUUCUUCAGAAAUUCAAGGGAUACAGCCACGGUGUGGCCAAUCAGAGAUGGCUCUGGGUACCAGAGAGGAGAGUACUAAGUGUGUUUUCUACCUCUGUAUUGGACAAUGAAGUUACCGCAGCAAACCAGGCCGGUGUGUGCACCUUCUCUAUCUGUGGAAUGCAGGAAGCAGAGCAACCUGGUUAUUCCUUCACUCACCCCAAAACAAAGCGGAGAACAAUGGUUUGUUUGGCCUGUGCCAGGACAUUGAGGGGAAAGAAUGUUAUGACAAAGCUGCAACUAGGUGCCUCAUUCAUCUGUGCCACAGGCUGCAAAGAGAGCCAUGUAGAAGAAACAGGACCUUUCAAGUGCCUCAGAGUUCCACAGGUUGACCUUUCCACUUCUGAAGCCAUAAAUACUUUGGGUCACUUGGAAGCAAAAGUAAAUUCCUUGCGGAUGGAGACAACAGUGCAAACCAUCGCACGGGAUAUCUCAGCUGCCAAGACCCAGGCAGCAGUACGAAUCCUGGCCUAUCGAAACGGUGCUGAAAAUAAGAACGGUGAAUUGAUUAUUGGAACAACGUUUUCCUUGUUGCUUGCCCUGUGUACUGAAAGACUAAAGCUAACCAGGCCUGCUCGCAGACUGUACACCGCUGAUGGAAACCUGGUCUUGUCUAUUGCUGAACUGGUGGCAUGGGCAAUCAAUGACACAUCACAGGAAAAAGAGCUGGAAUGGAGACAAGCUAAAGAAAACAAAGACGGGGCAAAAUUAUUGACUCCUGAAAGUGAUGACUUGGACAUCCGUGAAGACAUUAAAAUAAACCCAACCAUCAGAAACCCUCCUGAGGUCUGGGUGUCUUGUGGAGAGCCCUUUGUACCUCUUAGUGAAUUGAACAAAAGGCUGCGGCUCCAACAAAAGCAUUGGUUGCAGAAAGAAAAGGUUCUCUCCGAUCUUGAUAAAAUGAAGCACAAAAUGCGUCACCUUCAAGGGAGACGAGUGGGAUCCAUGUGUCCUGCCAACAUGGUUCCAACAAAAUCUCCGAUUCAGCCCGUUGUGGUGGAAGGUGGAUGGACAGAACCUUCCUCAGAGGAAGUGAAACUGAUGGAAGAUGUACAAAACAUGGAGAUGCAUCUAUCAGAAGUCCAAUAUAUGCUAAUGAAAGAACGGCCCUCGUUUGUCAGUAAGAUGGUUUCCAGUCAAAGGCUUCUUUACAGUCAACCAAAUGUCAAGAGAGUUCUGGCCUAUCUGAAUGGUGAAUGCCCAGAUCAAGGAGUGUUUGCAUGGGGCAAGACUAUUCCAGAGCUGCUGGAGAACUGCACAGCCCGCCUGAAGCUGCGAUCUGCAGCCAAGUGCCUCUACAGCCCUGACGGAGAGCAGAUCACCUCGUGGGAACGAGUCGAACGAGACAUGUUGGUGUGCGUCUCUCAAGGGGAGCCGUUCAUGACCAGAGCAGCGAGCCGCCAAAGCGUGGAGAUCAGAGCCAAUUAUGCACGAGUGCAAAAGGAAUAUGGGCAAGAUGCCACCAACAUCAUUGUUAGACCAAAAAUCAGCCUCAACGUACAGUCUGAGGCUCCCAGUCCAUUUCUGGCCCUUCUCCCAAGCAGAGAUAUUAAUGAAUGAACGAGACAGUGAAGAUUUCGGGGUCAAUCUGAUACAAUUCUGAACACCCAGACGUUCCUGAUAGGAAAAUGGACUUGUCAAAUUGCAGUGGAUUUUUGUCAUCCACCGUUUUCAAUUUCCCUCUAACACAUCAUCUUCAAAGUGCCACCUGAAAAGAACUAAGCACUCCAGAGAAACAUUGAACGGUGAACUGCUUGGCGACGAAACAAUUUGAAAGAAAAAGCUCCUGCACCAUUGUUGGUUGGUUUAGUAAAUAUUUGGAUUGUGGAGCAGAAUCUGCAAAGAUCAGUUUAGUGCGAUAAUGAACUGCAAAGUGUACGAUAUGGUUAGAUUUCACAAUAAAUAACGAGGAAUCUAA